AUGCGUCUUCCUGUCUCACUGAUCCUCGCGCUCCUUGUCUAUGAGUCUGUCCUUGCCGCAAAACCCGCGAGACGACACUAUGCUACACACGACUACUACGUCAUGGAAUACGACCCGCUCGCGGGUGCUUCGCUGGCCGAGUGCGUGGGCGCAUUGGGAGUAGAAGUCGUGGAGAAAGCCGGGGAGCUACAGAAUCAUUGGCUUGUGCGGACAGAGAAGCCGCCUUCACAUCUUGGGAAACGGCACGUCGACCCAGUCCUGGAGACCUUCGAGACUUUGCAGCAGCGUGCGAGGUCUCGAGGUCACUACUCAUCGAGGUCAGAGGAGACCCUCCACAGUAGACGUGUUGUCUCGGCUGUGAAGUACCUCUCCCCACAAACGCUCCGGCAACGCGUCAAGCGCGCCCCCCCUCCACCCGUAGUAGAUUUGGAGACGUCAAGGGGGGUAGCCCAGCAUUUCGGAAUCGAGGAUCCUGAAUUUCCACGACAAUGGCACCUUGUUAACGAUGAAUACCCGCAGCAUAUGAUGAAUGUUUCACUUGUAUGGGACAUGGGCUACACAGGUAAAGGCGUGAUCUCCGCCUUGGUAGAUGACGGACUGGACUACACAAAUAAUGACCUCGCUGACAAUUUCUACGCAGCCGGCUCUUACGACUUCAAUGACCACUUAGACCUACCGACACCUACACUCUUCGAGGAUCAUCACGGAACAAGGUGUGCGGGUCAAAUAGCUGCUGUCAAGAAUGAUAUAUGCGGAGUUGGUAUUGCAUAUGACUCCAAAGUCGCCGGCUUGCGGAUUUUAUCUGGUCCCGUUUCCGACAUUGACGAGGCUGCAGCACUGAACUACGACUACCAGAACACGUCCAUCUUUUCAUGUAGCUGGGGACCUCCGGACGACGGUAAAUCUAUGGAAGGCCCUUCGUAUUUGAUCAAGAAGGCGAUUGCCAACGGCAUUCAGAACGGUCGCGACCACAAGGGCUCAGUUUUCGUUUUCGCUAGUGGCAAUGGCGGGAGAUCCUCAGACCAGUGCAAUUUCGACGGAUAUACAAACAGUAUAUUCUCAGUCACCGUUGCUGCCGUUGAUUACAAAGGGCUUCACCCGGACUAUUCGGAGCCAUGUGCUGCGAAUUUGAUCGUGGCUUACUCGUCUGGUAGUGGGAAUCAUAUUACGACAACUGACCGUGGAAAGGAUAAGUGCUCCCACGCGCACGGUGGGACAUCUGCUGCAGCACCGAACGCUGCCGGGGUGUUUGCUCUAGCUCUCGGAGCGCGGCCUGACCUCUCAUGGCGGGACAUUCAGCACCUCUGUGUCCAGACUGGGCAGAAGAUCAAUGCCGAUGACCCGGAUUGGGAGCGCACCGCGACAGGGAAUCUCUUUAGCUACAAGUACGGUUACGGCAGUCUCAACGGAUACGAGUUCGUCAAGGCUGCGUUGAGCUGGAAGACGGUGAAGCCGCAGACAUACAUCGAUCUUCCCACCAUCCAGAUCGCGAAUGGUACAAUGGAUCUGUUCCAGUUGACGUCGGGUGGAGAACGGAUCGUCCCCGGCGGUGUCUCGAGCACUAUGACAGUUGCACAGGUGCUGCUCCAGGAGAACAACUUCGAGAAGCUGGAGCACAUCACGGUGAAGGUGUGGAUCACCCACGUGAGGAGAGGCGAUGUGGAGGUUGAGUUGGUUAGUCCUCACGGCAUCCGGAGUGUGCUCGCUGCCAAGCGUUUCGCGGAUUCCGCUAGUUCAGGGUUCCCCGGCUGGACGUUCAUGACCGUGAAGCAUUGGGGUGAAGAUCCGGUGGGCGAUUGGACAAUCCGAGUAUCAGACCAGGAUAACGAAGACUCAACGGGCACCUUCCUCGGCUGGUCGAUGAGUCUCUGGGGAUCCGUCGUCGACCCGAGCAAGGGGAUCAAGGUCUACGAGGUGCCGUUGAUAGACAGUCUUUUGCCACCUCUGCAAGACGAUGCUCCCACUUCCACGAUACCCGUUCCUACACCUACAAGCAAAACACAUUCAAAACCCACCGACCAUCUUCCUGGAGACCAUGGUCAGUCCGAAGGUGAGGCGAGCAAGCCCGCCUUCCCCGGCAGUCAGCAGACGAGUUCAAAGCCUGCCGACGACAUCGCGAUGCCCACCGUGAGUGCGACUGCGACUGCCACACCGACACCGGACGAGGGCUGGUUCGCAGACCUGUCCAACCUGGUUACCAACCAGAUCUGGUUCUUCAUCGCCCUAGGCGCGGUCGCAAUAUUCGGUCUCGGCGUCGGCGUCUACUUCUGGCGACGCGCUGUACGGAGAAGAGCGAACUACACCAGUCUUCCUGUGAGUGACGACGUUGCGAUGGACUCCAUCCCCGGAGUCAAUCGCAGUCGCGGCAGCCAGCGGACAAAGGAACUAUACGAUGCCUUUGGAGAGGUGUCUGAUGAUGAGGAAGAGGAGCAGCCGAACAUUCGAGCACACGAACCAUCGCCUGGGAACUUCCACACAGGGUUUUUGGAUGACGAGGAUCCUUCCACAGCAGGUGGUAUCACGCCAGCACGAUACAAAGACGAGCCGGAUCCCCACGAAGCUGAGAAGGAGCGGCCGCAGAGCCCAGCCAGCGCCAGUGGCAGCGGCGACGGUAGUUGGGAGCAUGCUUCGGAUGCCCGAUAG